UGCCAUGCCUCUCUCUCUCGUCCCUCCCUCGCUUUCAUUCAGCCUCAAGUCAAAGUUACAGUUGUCCUCAGUGACAGCCACAGUAGUUAGAGGAAGUGUUACUCAUUGUGCAGCUAUCACUCUCCCUGGCCAGCACAAGUUUUUGUACGUAUGCCAUAUCAUGUAGUCCAAAAAUUCUCUCACAAGUUUAACAGAAGUGGGCACAGAGGUGAUUAUAUCCCUUUACAUCAUUAUGAGUGGAAGGACCAAGAAACAGUAUGGCAUUCUGGAAAAAUUCAAGCAGUAUUAACAUAAUGGACACAGGAGAAUUUGAUGCCAUUGAAUCCGAAAUAAACCGCAGCCUGCUAACCAUUCUGAGAGAAACAGACUCUGAUCAGCCAAGUGUUAAUAAAGGGAUGCUGAGAUGGACAUUACAUAAGAAGGCACAGGACAGUUCUCUUAGAAGUAUGGCCCUGGUGAAGAUUGCCAUAAAGGAACUAGAGAGAACUGAAAGAGCUGACUGCAAGAAACACCUCAUCCCUUUACUUAAUACACUUAUCUAUGCAGUAAUACAGACAGUAUACAUGCCUGAUGACCUUUAUAAGAGAAUAUAUGACUUCUGCAAGAGGUUGUUGACAAUGCCUCAGCCGUACUGCACCGUUGGCCUCAGUUAUGCUGGGCAAAUUAAAUCAGAACGGUUAACUCCAGGUCUUUUGUAUCAGAGAAGGAUAAUUGCUGAACAAAAUCUAAAAAAUGAACACUAUCCUCAGCAGGAAUGGGUGUUUGUGUUUGCAGAUCCUGCAGUGUUCUCGGAGUCUCUGAGCACUGUUCUGAAGGCUGACAUCGAGACUCAAGGAAUGUUCCGGAACCCUCUGAGCCUUAUGCGCAGUGUAGUGCAGCAUAGUCUUCAGGCAAUGCUGGGAGAAGAGUGUCAUGGACCCUCCCUCAACAAGGCGCUGCAGGACUUGAACCAGGACGUGGAGUCGUACUUCACUGAAGUGCUGUCAACGAUAGAACUGGGCACAGACAGUAGCAGAGGUGAACAAGGACAGAUCAGAAAUCAACUACAACAGCUAUACACUCAGAUCCUCCACAACACAGGCAAAGAUCUAUUGUCCCGUGGCUCCCUGUGCGGUGUUCCACUUCCCAAUCCGGAGAUGAGUUUCCAUUUGUGGUGGGAGGAGGAGGAGAUCUGGAGAGAAGUGGCCAAGUUCAUCCGAUCUGGAUCCUUCUCAGAUAACCUCUCUCUCAGCCCAGAUGAAUUUUUAAUUGCAGACCUCCCUACAGACAUUAACUCAGACAUGCCACGGCACUCUGUCAUAUCGACAGACAGUGGAAUAGAGCGUGAUAUGCUGGGAGCAGAGAGUUCUGACACAGACUCUCCUGGAGGAAGGAGUUUAAAAUCUGAACUGACCUCUGGACGACUCUCUCGGCGUGGAGGGAUCAAGGUGAAGCCAUCGGUUUUUGAUAGUAUGGUUUUGAUGCAGGACACACUAGAGGAGACAGGCACUUCUGGCACCACUGGCACACUGCAGAGGAGAGCAGGAAACUGCUGUACCACCUUGCCCAAACAAGAACGGGACUACACUGCUAAAAUAGUGGUGAUGGGGGAUGACCGGGUACUGGGAAGACUAGCUAGGGCAAUCUACCAGUUAAGGAAACGGGAAGCCCGAAGACUGUUUCUUACAAUGAAAAUCAACCUUCAGAUGUACUACAUACCAGUUGCUCGUCCAUCGUCUGCAACCUCCCCCUUAAAAGAGAAUGUGUCCUUUCCAAGCAGUAGCCUCUGUGCUCUGGGCUCUUAUCUUGGAAUGGUGGAUCCGUGGUACGAAUGUAACAUCUGUGGUCUUGGCCAGAUUAUUCCUGACCUUGCGAGAACGUCAAACACAGGCAAACAGCAGGAAUCAGAUCUUUUCUUAGCUGAUGUCAUCUCAUACUAUGUGCGCAUGGGACAGCAGCCAGUGUACUUCAAUGUUUACUACAUCAAGAUUUCCUUUUCCAACAUGUCGAAGGAACCUGUAGAAGACGUUUUUGUCACACACCUUGAAGUGGAUUUCCCAGAGUUUAAAAUGGCCCAAGCAGCACAUAAAGACAGGCAAAAGAAGAUGUCACCAGAGCUGUGUGGAGCACUGAUUUCAUUUAGAUACUUAAAAGUGUCACUAAGCAACAGGGAGGUUGAAAGAGGGUUCUCACUCAGAACCACGGGUGCUCAAAUUUCAGCCAUACCAGAAAACAAAACUGAAGAUCUGAAUUGCCUCACAGUUGCUUUCAACGACACAAAGCCAAAAAGUAACAUGGAGCCAAAGAUCAGAACAUGCCAUUUUAAAUUGAAGACACCAGACAGAUCAACUUUCACAGUGCGUUUGGACAAAGACUUUCGAAGGACAUUUUUGGAUGUUGAGAGCAUUGAGGUCGCUCCAUGCCGAGACCCUGGAUAUUAUAUUCAAAAAUCUAUGAAGUCAAAGUUCAUGGCAGCAGACGGUGAUGAUGCUGGACUGAGCAAGUACAUGAACAAAGGAUUAACUUUGCCCAUCAACACAUUUGCGGGAAUCAUGGACUAAAUGAACAAGAAUCAGGGCGUAGAACUUUCCAUCAUUGUGAAGGGCAGUUCAGGACUCUUGCAGUAUGUAACAUGUAUUGUGUUUUAAACAAUGCAUUAUACAACAGUGUCUCUGUGUGAUCAAAUAAUCAGCUAAGACACGUCACAGCCAAGCAGGUUUUACUGUAUUUUAUAACUAACACUAAUGCAGUAAUUUUAUUGAGUUUCUCAAAGACUCAAAGAUUAAACUUGUUCUCUGUUCUUUAGACUUUAACAGUUAAUUCUUCCCUUUAUGUGUACAAGUGCACAUACUGUAAACAGUGGUUACAUGCAUUUGUCAACUUAAAUGGCUAUUUCUACUUGAUCUCAGUGUGACCUAAUGUAUUCAAGUUGAUUUAAUCAUUACAUAGUAUAUAUUAACUUGAGUAAAAACAUUUAAUUUGUUAACACAAUAGGGGACCCGGGCAGCUCAGUGAUAAAAGACGCUGGCUACCACCCCAGGAGUUCGCUGGGUCGAAUCUCAGGGCGUGCUGAGUGAAUCCAGCUGGGUCUCCAAGGCAAUCAAAUUGGCCCGGUUGCUAGGGAUGGUAGAGUCACACAGGGUAAAGUGGUUUGCUCUUGGUAGGACAUGUGGUGAGUUGAGCGUGGUUACUGCGAUGGGUGACAUGAAGCCUCCAUACGUGCUGUACCUCCGCAGUGACGCGCACAGCGAGCCACGUUAUUAGAUGUGUGAGUAGACGGUCUCAGACGCGGAGACAGCUGGGAUCCAUCCUCGGACUGAGGGGAAUCACUGCGCCAUCACGAGGACUUAGUGUGUACAUUUGGAAUUGGACAUUCCAAAAAUUGUGAGAAAAAGGGAAAAAAAGACAAAAAUGUUACCACAGUAAACACAUUUUAAGGUUACCUGAAAGUGUUUUUUCUUGUUAUAGAGUAUGAAAAAUAAUUUAUUUGAUUUCCCUUUCAAUUAGAAUUUUGCCACCAGACAAGUGAAGUGAAUGUUUAUUAAAAUAUUACGGAGUAAUGCUUUACAAUAGUUAGAGUGCCUGUUGAUAAAUACCAUAUGACCAAGUGUUUAAAAAAAACUGACAUAACUUUAAUUGACCCAGUGAUUUGCACUUUUUUCCCAUCUUUUUUCCCCCAGAAACUAUAGAUGUUUAGAUUUACAACACUCCAAGUGAAUGACAUGUUUUGUAGCAUCAAAAAUUAUAUGUGUUAAUGUUAUGUUAUGUAAUUAAAGAGCAAAAAGUCUCGUCAA